GUUAAAAAGAAAACCGAAUCAACAAGCUCUGAAAAAGUCACAUACUAUACAAAUUCUUAGCAACCUUUUUCGUGUCAAGCAGAUAUCGAGACUAUUGCGAGGAUCCCUUAGGAGGAAAGUUCCGGAAGUGGAUGUGUGUUCUUACUGAGAAUCAGCUGACCCCACGCGGUACAUAAUACAGAGUGAGUCAAUAGAUGUUGCAAAUGUAAUAAUAUGUGAUUGAGAGCCUUUUAAGGAACGUUUGUGCAAUGCUAAGCUUCUUGGGGAUAUUAUAAAACGCACGUUCACUGUUAGAUUGAGUUAGUAGUGUUUUUGGAGGUGGAUUUGUUUGAGCUAGCGUAGAGCAGUGGGCUGCACUGAGACCGCUCCAGCAGGUUUAUAGAGUUCACCGCAGCCCUGUGGAUCAGCGACAUGGAUCCAUUGGGCGCUCGCUCUCAGUUUGUGUAUGUGGAGACUCUUCCCACAUGGGACCAGCCUGAAGAUAUGGUUGAUGGCAAUGAGGAAGCAAAGUCUCAUCAUACGGAGGAGAGCAACGAGGUGACUGAUGUAAACCAAGGAAACUCUCCUGUUUCUCCAUUUCCAUUCAGAGAGGAUAUCAACAGGAAAAUUAUUCUCUUCAGAGGCGAUGUGGCACUUUUGAACUGCACUGCCAUUGUGAAUACAAGCAACGAGACCCUUACAGACAAGAACCCGAUCUCAGACAGCAUUCACAGACACGCAGGCCCUGAGCUCCGAGAUGAACUUUUCAAACUGAAAGGAUGUCGUACCGGAGAGGCAAAAAUGACCGAAGGCUUCAACUUGGCUGCAAGAUUUGUUAUACAUACAGUUGGCCCCAAAUAUAAAGCCAAGUAUCGCACAGCUGCUGAGAGCUCCUUAUACAGCUGCUAUAGAAAUGUCAUGCAACUUGCCAAGGAGCAUGGCUUGGCCUCUGUGGGUCUUUGUGUGAUCAGUACUGCAAAGAGAGGAUAUCCCAUUGAAGAUGCUACUCACAUAGCCUUCCGGACUGUGCGCAGGUUUCUGGAGAAUCAUGGAGAAAGCAUAGAGGCUGUGGUGUUUGCAGUGUCAGAUACUGAAGAGGCAGUGUAUAGGAAGUUCUUGCCACUUUAUUACCCACGCUCUAAGGAGGAGGAGAGAAGCAGUCUGCCUUUACUGCCCCCCGAUAUCGGGAAUGCCGAGGGGGAGCCGGUGGUGCCUGAGAGGCAGAUCCGCAUUACUGAGAAGCCUGGCAGCCUGGAUGAUGGUGCUGAGGAGGAUUCUGAAGACUCAGACCUGGGACUUGUGGGUAAUCAUGCUUUUGCAAGAAUGGAAGGAGAUGUGGAUAAGCAGCGAAGGCUCAUUCUUCAGGGUCAGCUCUCUGAAGCGGCUCAACAGAAACAGCACCAGAGGACCUAUAACCGCUGGCUGUGUAGAGCGCGAGCAGAGGACCUCUCGGACAUAGCGGCGCUAAAGGCUUUGUAUCAAACUGGUGUUGACAUGUGUGGCAGAACAGUAAUGGUGGUGGUAGGCAGAAACAUUCCAGUAACUCUCAUUGAUAUGGAGAAGGCUUUGUUAUAUUUUAUCCAUGUGAUGGACCACAUCACUGUAAAGGAAUAUGUGAUGGUGUAUUUCCACACACUCACCGGUGAACAUAAUCACCUAGACACCGAUUUCCUCAAGAAGCUCUAUGACAUUGUUGAUGUGAAGUUUAAAAAAAAUCUGAGGGCUUUCUACUUUGUUCAUCCUACAUUUCGCUCAAAGGUAUCCACAUGGUUCUUCACUACGUUCAGUGUUCCUGGAAUGAAGGAGAAAGUCCAUCACAUAGAGAACCUGCAGCAGCUCUUCACUUGCAUCCUACCUGACCAGAUAGACAUCCCCCCCUUUGUACUGGAGUAUGACACGAGGGAGGUCUGGUGAGCAGUCGGUGUUCCAGUUCAUCACAAGUGUUCAUUGGAGUUGGGUUCAGUGCAGGACACAGGUUCAUCCACACCAACCUUGGCAAACCAUGUCUUCAUGGAGGUUGCUUUUGGGCAAAUGGGCAUUGUCUUGUUGGAACAGAUGAAGGGCUCAUACUGAACUGUCCAGUCAUCAAGCCUAUAAAGUAAAUCCUGCAGGUGGUUUUGCUGGGCCCAGUUCUUUCAGGGCCAGCAUUUGGCUGAGCUCACAACUGGAUGUGAUUUUGCACUUACAUGUACUCAGUAUUAUGGGUAUGUUGGCAUGGGGAAGUCUGUCCCUCCCAUUACAGUAAUGCAUGUGAAAGUGCAAAAGGAGACACUCGGUGCCCUCUCUUCCACUCCUGACAUUUGCACUGGUAAGAUUUCCCUGACUGGUGCAUGUGAUUUUGAAGAGAAAAGCAAAAAGGUAAAUUGUUAAAUGCUUUCAAGUGUCUAUUGAUUUUCUAGCAGUGUUUUAAAAAAAAAAUCACCACAACUCUGUACGUUUGUUUGGUGUUCAGAAGAAUCCUAAUCCGCCAUCAGUGACUUCCUUUUAUUCUUAUUUCACAUAGUCUGAUUACUGCCUUGGUACCUAUAUGAGCUGCUUUGUUUCUAAAUGUGAUUACAUCCAAAUUGCCAUGACUGAACUGUGGCCAAAUGAAAUGUAAAUGGUGUUAAUUAAAAUCUUUUUUUCUUUAAAUAUUUAAAA